UUUUUAUGUAAUUUAAACACCUUGCUAAAACGUAUUGCUUAAUGUUCACUUCUAGUAUUAUCCAGGGAUUCUUUUACUGCUUUAUUUUAUUUCCAACAUUUAAUAAUUGAAAUUAUACAUUUACAUUGGACUUUUUUCAGCAGAAAAGAAAAAUAAAACAACAAAACUACAAUGCCUUUGAAGGGAGUUCCUAACAUCUUGUCACCAGACUUGCUUUACGUCCUUGCAUCAAUGGGUCAUGGAGAUGAAAUAAUCUUGGCAGAUGCCCAUUUUCCAACAUCAUCAAUUUGUAGAUUUGGACCAAAGGAAAUUCGGGCUGAUGGUAUUCCUAUUCCUAAACUGUUAGAGGGUAUACUAACGCUGAUGCCUCUAGACAAGUAUGUUUCUCAACCGGUUUGCCUAAUGGACAAGGUACCUGAAGAUAAAGCUCGAGGUCUACAAACACCUAUCUGGACAGAGUAUCAAGUUAUAAUAGACAACAAGGAAGAUUCACAGAUUAAUAUAGAGAAACUGGAACGAUUCAAGUUUUAUGAAAGAGCAAAGAGAGCCUUUGCUAUAGUACACACUGGAGAGCUAGCCCAGUAUGGCAAUAUCAUAUUAAAGAAAGGAGUUGCCUUGUAACAUCAAACUUUUCCUGUACAUGUGAUAUUUUAAUAAUGACAUGCACGUCAGUGAUAAAUUGGAUUUAUAAAAAAUAUAUAUUCCUUUAUUCCUUAUUUGUGACAUUGGGGAUUUAUUGUGGUGUCAGUAAAGUUAAUUUUAAAUCAUUAUAAGGGCUUGCUUUAUGUUAACUAAAUGCACUUUAUAUUUAUAUGAUGAAAUGUAUAUAUUAUUGUUAAACAUGGUUUUUCUUAAUAUACAAAAAUUCAGAGGAUAGUAUGUAAAUUUGUUAUAUGUUCUAUUUAUUGUCUUAACUUUUCAUGUUAAAUAUGACAACUUUAUCGCACAGGCUCAGUUUGAAGUUUUUCAUGAAACAUGAUUCUUCUAGAAUUAUUCCAUUAGCUAUAAUACAUGUACGUUCAUCAGUAUCUUGGAGAGAUACUUAUAUGUUUGUGUUUUCAGUUUUCGUGCUUCAAAGCACCGCACCUCCAGAUUGUCGAUAUUAUUCAUUAAUAGUGAAAACAUUGUCAAACAUACAAAUGGAGCGACUUAAGCUUUGGGCGUUAAUAAUUCACAAAACUUCUGUCAUAUUUUGCAUACUUAAUUCAAAUUUUUACAUGGAUUGUAAAUGUUUAUACAUUUCUCAACCAACAAAUAUAUUCAUUUUUUUUUUAACAUUUCUUUUUUACUUACCAGUAAUCCAGCAUCAUGCUGCCUAAAUACAUUUUAAUUUUUUUUAGCGUGAUAUUUUGUAAAUGUGUUUAUACAUACAUCAGGAAAGGGGAAGCUUCAAGUCUAUAGAGUCACAUAAUUGUAUCAUAGGAUCAUAAUUCAUGAAAUAAAUUGGGAAAGUAUUUUUUGUACAUAUUUAUUUGGAAAAUAAAAUGACAUUAAAUAUA